AUGGAUCCCACGAGCAAGUCCCAAUCCCCUAUCAAAAGCCCGCAGACCCCGCCGUUAGGCCCGAACCACGCACACUCCCCGCACGCUGGCUUCCCCAUCAUAGCCGUAGCCAUCAUCGGCAUUCUGGCAACGGCCUUCUUGCUCGUCGGCUACUACAUUUUCGUGAUCAAGUGUUGUCUGAGCUGGCACCGUAUAGACAUUUUAAGGCGCUUCUCCUUCUCCACAAGGCGGCAGCUGGCCGAGAACCCGCUGACCGCUUUUCAUUCUCCGGCCGAGAGAAGGGGACUCGAUGAGGCCGCCAUCCGGUCGAUUCCCAUUUUCAACUUCAAGAGACUGAAAAACGGGCUAAAAGACGAGUCCUUUCUGAAAGUGCAGUCGUUCGAAUGUGCUGUGUGUUUGAACGAAUUCCAAGAAGAAGAAAAGCUCAGAGUCAUUCCCAACUGUGCCCAUAUUUUCCACAUUGAUUGUAUCGACGUUUGGCUUCAGAACAAUGCAAACUGCCCGCUUUGCAGAACGAGCGUCUCGUCAAACGUGCAUUCGCAGUUGGAUCGAGUGAUUAUUCCGAGCCCGCCUGGUCUGGAUCGGGCUGGUGACUUUUCGGGCCGGAAUGAAGAUUAUGUGGUGAUCGAGAUACGGCCUGAAGAGGGCUGUGUCGGUCCAUCAGUAUCGGGAAUCCAAGAAAAUUCAAACCCGGAUGAGUUCAUUACGGCCAAGAUUUCAAGAAAGAAUGGUAAAAAGGCGAGCCUUGUUUCGAGCAUGGGAGAUGAGUAUAUUGAUCGUAGGCACAGAGACGAGUCGUUUAUGGUUCAGCCGUUGAGGAGGUCAUUCUCCAUGGAUUCGGGCACGGAUAGCCAGCUUUAUAUAGCUGUUCAAGAAAUAAUACAGAGGCACAAAGAAGUAAAUAGCAAUAAUAACGACGAUGAUAAUAAUGAUGGCGUACUAGUUAGUCCAAACGAAGGGUGCAGCAGAGUUAGAAGAUCGUGUUUUACGUUUGGACAAGGGAAGGGUUCUUCGAGAAGUGCAGUUCAGCCAGUUGAGUUAGAUUAG